UUGACUAGUGAUGUCUGACAUCGGCCAAAAUGGCAGCGUUUUUAAUUUUCUCUCAUUAUCUGUGCUCGAGCAACUUGAACAAUUAAUCGCAUCGUCCAUAAUAUAAAAAACCGAUGUAUAUUUAUAGGCAAUUCGUUUAAAACAUGUUGAUUCUCUGUCGUGAAUGAAUGGGAGAGCAGCAGGUUCUUGGAUGACCCACAACCCGGCCCGUUCACUCACGUAUUUUCCACCGUUUCAUCUAUUAUGUGGACAAAGAGAGUUCCCCUCGAAUAGUUGUUGCAAAUGAAAAUGGAGGACAUGUCUCUGUCAGGCCUGGAUAACACCAAGCUGGAGGCCUUGGCUCAUGACGUUUACUCAGAUCUGGUGGAAGAUGCUUGUUUGGGGCUGUGUUUCGAGGUGCACAGGUCCGUCAAACAGGGCUAUUUCUUCUUGGAUGAAACCGACCAAGAAAGCCUGAAGGAUUUUGAAAUAGUGGACCAACCAGGUGUGGACAUCUUUGGACAAGUCUAUAACCAGUGGAAGAAUAAGGAGUGCGUGUGUCCCAACUGUAACCGCAGUAUCGCUGCCUCUCGAUUUGCUCCUCAUCUGGAGAAGUGUCUUGGGAUGGGCCGCAACAGCAGUCGAAUAGCCAACCGCAGAAUUGCAAGCAGCAAUAACACGAGCAAGUCAGAAAGUGAUCAGGAAGACAACGACGAUAUCAACGACAACGACUGGUCCUAUGGUUCAGAAAAGAAACCUAAGAAGAGAAAGUCAGAAAAGAAUCCAAACUCUCCGAGGAGAUCUAAAUCUCUGAAGCACAAAAAUGGAGAGCUCAGCAGUAGCGUCAAUCCAGACCUUUACAAGUAUAACUACAGUUCUGGCAUUAGUUAUGAGACUCUUGGACCCGAGGAACUACAAUCCGUACUGUCUACACAAUGUGGGGUUGUGUCAGAGCACACAAAGAAAAUGUGUACUCGGUCCCAGCGGUGUCCCCAGCACACGGACGAACAGAGGAGGGCAGUCAGGGUCUUCCUCCUUGGGCCGUCCGCGUCAGCACUUCCCGACUCGGAUACGAUGCUGGAAAAUGAUGGCUAUGAUCCCGCUGAUGGCCAGCUCAUCAUGUCCCGCCUCCAAUGGGAUGGCUCCUCUGAUAUCUCACCAUCAGACUCUGCGUCUUCAAAAGCCAGCACCAAUAAUUCUGAAUCAAAGAGACCUAAGAAGAAAAAGAAGCCUUGCGCUUUGUCCAUGAGUAGCUCUGGAGGUGGAGGGGAGAGAGAUAAAGGACAGGAACGAGAGAGGGAUAGAGACAGAAUGGCCGGAAGCAGUGGUGGCAGUAGCUCCCAGAAUCCGCUGGGCCUGCCCAGUCGGAAAAAACGACCGAAACUGCCAGUCCCUCUGGCCCCCACAAUCUACGAUGACCUAAACUAAGGAACAUUUGUCACACAUGCACUUGAACUCUGCGGGACCUGAAUAUUUUGGAUGCAACUUGAUCACUCUCUAGAUGUGAAGAUAGAUGAAUGAGAACAUCUGGGUGUCAGGCCAUCAAUUUUGUUACGACAAUGUUGCACAUUGAAAAGUGAGUCUUAGCGUUUUCUUUUUGUGAACGAUUCUGUUAUAUCACUUUUUGUUUUUCCUAUGCAGAUUGCUGCCAUUCCAUACUCUGUACUGUGAGUAUAUGUGCGUUUUGGGUUUACAGUGACACAUGGAAUGUGCUAUGGUGUGUGCGGGUGAACGCAAAAAUGAAUGUGAAAGUGAUGUUUUGUCCCUGGUGACCCAUGUUACACGAUUAUGUUAACAUAGUAAGGUUCAUCUGUGCAAUGUCCUCUACUGGUUUUAAAGUUUUUUUAUGUAUUGAUAAUGAUACUGUACCCUGUUGUUUUCUUCUCAACUGCAGUGCUACACAUACUUUUUGACAUCGUCUUGCUAAAUAAUGGAUAUCAGUUGUGCACCUGAUAGCUUGAUGCCAAAGCUGUGGAUACGCAAUCUUUUAAAUUAAUAGACAUGUUUAUUGUCAUGCCUAGUCUGACACUAUUUAUUUCGUCUGCUUUGUGAAUGCUUGACGUUUUUGUUUUUCCUUUUUUUAUAAUCAUGGCUUUUGAUAUUUUUCAUUUGAUUCCAGUGACUGGAUGGCUGAAGAGUUCAGUGGACUUCAUAUAACUUAAUAGGUUAGAUGUCAGCUUUUGUUUGAAAUAAUUUGUUAAAAAUGUAUCUCCUAUGAACACAAAGUGAAAAUGGUGUCUGAAAAUGCACUUGGAAUGGAUUAAAUCCUGUUAGUACA